AUGACUCACGAUUCAGACGUCAGCUCUGCGGACGGUCAACAUGGGAUGGUGCCUCCGGAGGUGGGGGAUGAACAAGGAGGUGAGGACGAGGGAUUCUCCCAGUUUGGCGAUGCGCGGGACAACUCGGACGCGCACAGCGCCGCAGAGGCGGAGCUAAAAACAGACGACGACGCCGUCGCGUACGACGAGGAGGAACUGAGCUCGGGACUCCCCGUCGCCGAAGAGCGAGACGACGCAGACCGCGGCGUCUUUGCAGCUGAAGACGAAGGGUGCCAGGAAGAGGAAGGGCCAGACUAUGCUGGCGAUGCAGCCAGCGCACACUGGGGAGCGUCGGAUGAACUCGACGUGACUGGAGAACUGGAUGCAGACGCAGAGACCGCGCAAGAGUUUGCUGACGCGGACGAGCCGGGCGUUGGCGAGGCUGAGGAAGACGCAGAAGCCCAGCACGAGAUGGCGGCUUCCGGCGAAGACGAACACGAAGAGGGGAGCGGAGCGGAGGGUAUGGAGGCCGACAAACACGCGGAAGAUCCCGCAAAUGACCCGCACGAGGAUUCGGGCGAGCCUCGCGAAACCGAGGAAGGCGAGGGUGACAAAGAAGACUCUCGAGAAGGCGCAGACGAAGCCGGGGGGAAAAGAAAGAAGCGGAAGAAAUCGUGCAAAAAGAAGUUCCCCUUUCCUCCAGGGUCCGCACCAAGCGGUGUGCCAUCUCGGGGUCCGGUCGUCAUCAAACCGCCUCCUCCACCGCCAGCGAGCAACUCGAAGGCGCCCGCGCCGCCUCCGCUGCCCGUCGUCAUCCAUCCGAAGCGCCCACAGCGCCCACCGCCUCCUCCGUCCCCCGUUUCGCGAAACCCUUUGCCUCCAGCGGGGUUGCAGAUUUUGAGUGCACCCAGCUGUCGCCCUUCCCCAGCGGCCCCGCGCCCCCCACCUGGGAGGCCGGCGGCUCCCUUCUUCGGCAGGCCCGCGGGGGCUCCUGUGCACGCAUCGACGCCGGCGGCCUGCGCCGCGCCGCAUUUCCCUGGAACUCGUGGGAGUCCGGCCCCUCCGCCGCACCACUCUCCUCAGCAUCAACCUCCGCCUCCUCCUCCGGCCUCUGCGAGCUCGCCCGCUGCGUUGGGUGCUGCGGCGUCUCCCUCGCGGUCGCGCGACACGAACGGGUCGAUGCCGGAGCCCCCGCCGUUCCCGCGAGGCCCGCCUCGCCCCUCUGUGGGUGUCCCUUUGGGUGGGGACACCCGGUCGGGUGGAGCGGGCCCAGUCAUCAUUCGAAGCCUAGGAGCCCAAGGCGCGGGGCCCGCCAGACCCGGCGGCGCGCCGCCGCCCCCACCUUCUGGCGCAGCGGAUGUCUCGGGUCAUUCGUCGCUUCCUACAAUCAUUAGUCCACCGCCUGGUUCUCUGGCGCCUGGGCAGCAGAGAAGAGUGCCAGGUCGUGGAGGCGGUCCAAUUGUGUUGAACCCCCCUGUUGCGACGGCGCAUGAGGGGGGCGUCUCGUGUCUCGCCCCCGGCGUCGUCGAGCCCCAGGCAGGUGGAGGUGGGCGGUCGCCUGAAGCGGCUGGGCAGCCGCCGCACAACUUCCAGGGCGGAGGAGUGAGCCGAGACAAUCGGCUCGCGCCCGGCUUCUAUCGGACAGAGAAUGAAGAGCUGAUGGGUGUGGGUUCCAAAGGCCCCGGGGCUGCCGGGGCCGGCCAGCCGUUCCCGGGGCGCUUCGGCGACAUCCGGUUGGCGGGGUUGUGUGCAGGUCAGCAGGGUGGCGCAGCAGCCCCUGCGGCGCCGCCAGCGAGAGUAGAAGGAGGUAUGCCGGGCCCGCGCGAUUUUGGCGGGCCCCCGGGAAAGGGCCAACAGGGUCGUGAGGAAGGCCGCAUGGGAGCGGACCCUCCAUCCGCGUACGGGUACGGCCGCUCACGCCCAGAGGAGCACGACCAGGCACAUGCAGGGCCUCGACCAGGGCGGAGGCCCGUCAUUCUUUCGGCCGGGGCAGGCGCGCGAGCUGGAGCCGCCGCGCCGUUCGCUAGAGAUUCUCCCCAGGUGACGUCUGUGGAACGGGCGCCCGGGUAUCCUCGGGGGGGCGGGCACGGUCACCCCGGCGACGGCGUAGGCGCUGGCUUCCACGAAGCUCCUCAAGGCGCGUACGGGUUCGGAACUGCGCGCCAGAAGAGGGAGAGGGAAUUCUCGUCACCUGGCGCAGCUCGGUUCGACCAAGGCGUUGGCGGCGCCCGGGGUACACCUGAGGGCGCUGGCGUGGAUGCAGGCUUCGCGUCUUCGGCUCGAUCCAUGCCUGGGCAUCCGCGCACGUCCCCGGCAGGCGGCAUUCAGGGCGGUGACGGCAUGUACGGCCCCGCCUCCCGAGGCAUGGUUGCAGGCUCCCGGGGCGAUGUGCAGCUGCCAAUCACAGGAGAUAUUCGGGACGUGAGAUGGCGCCCUGGCGGAAGCCCCCCGGUUCCUGGGCCCCCCGCUCAGAGCGGGGCAGUCGCGCCGCAAGCCGGCCCUCACGGAGGCGGACCUGCGUUCUCGGGGGACCCUGGGAGUAGGGGACGCACAAGCGGUGGGCGAGGCGGCGGAGCAGCGUGGCGAGGAGGGGCAGCACCAGGCGGUGGAGCGAGUGACGGAGGCAGACCCCAGCCGGGUUUUCGCCAGGGCCCGACGUUGGAGGACCGCGGAGGGCCCUAUGGAGGGCGUGAAGGCAACAGCGACGCCGCGGGAUCCUGGGGAAACGCCAGAGGAGAGCCGGCCGGAGGAGGGGGGUUCUGGAACCGAUCGCAGCAUCCAGGAAGCUGUGGCCCGCAAGGGCCUGGUGGGUCCGCUGUAGGUGGACCCGUUGAUGGCGCAGGGUGGCGGGGAGAGGCGGCCGGCGGCAGAGGCGGCGAUCCUUCGGGGUAUCCGCGGGCCUCGGAUGGAAUGCCGCACUCACGAGGCCUGACCGGGCAGCCAAGCGUAGGUGGGAGUGGCAAUGCAUCGUGGCCUCAGGGAUCUCGGGAGGCUUCUGCUCAGGCGCAUCAUACGCGGGGCGGAGGCGCCCCGCAUGGGCAGCGGCACUUGCAGCUUUGCGGGCCACAGGCCGGCCCGGGGGGUUCUCCGGGUGACAGGGGCCCUGCAGGUCCCCCUUCGUCCCUGCGAGAUGCCGGAGAGGGGGGACGAGGGCCGCCGCCACAUGCGCCUGCAUUUUCUGCGCCUCACGGAAACCCGACGUCCUCUUCGUUUUGGCCUCACCAACAGCAACAGGGUCGCUCAGCGCAAGGCGAAGAGGAGACUCAGUUUCGGCCGGGCGGCAGGUCUGUGGGGGGAGGGCCCCAAGGGCGCGGGCAGGCUCAGGGUGGUUGGGCGAGAGGCCGCGAGAACGGCGAGUAUUCGUCAUCAAGCUGGGAGUCGUGGCAGGCAUGGCAGACGGUUCAGGGAGGAAGCUCUGAUGCGCCGGAGGCAGACCAGGCCUGGUACGAGUCUGCGGAGAUUCCUUCGGGGAUGCCGCAGAAGGGGUCAGGGGCUCACCAGGCGCGCGGGCGCCAAAUCGAGGGAGAGCAGGGCUACCCGCCCCAUUCCCGCCAGCAGCGGGAGGGAGACAGAGGCCAGCGCGGGUGGCAUCCUUCGGGGGCAGCGGGCUAUUCUGUGACAGGGUGCUACGAGGGCGGACAGAGACCAAGUCCCGCCCAGAGUGCCCACGUUGGCGCGAGAGACAGUGCCUGGGCUCAGGGGGGUAGCGGGGGGUAUUUUGAGGCGAGAGAGCCGGCUGGAAGAGGAGGCGAGCGUGGAGACAGCGACUAUGGUGUGAGGGCCGGAGCGCCCAGCAGGGGCGGGCCGCACCAGGGAAAGGAAACAGGGGGAGACUAUGGGCGUCAAGGAGACAGAGGGACAGGACCCGGGAACGGAGGCGCUGGAGACCCGACGGCGACUGCCACACUUCGGGCCAACGCGACCGGCGCGCCAGGACGUGAUGAGAAGGGGUUCACGGUCAUCGUAACGAAUGUUCCUGUCAACUUAUCCGCCGCCGACCUUCACCAGGCCUUCAGCGCCGUCGGGCCGCUGGUGCGGACCGACAUCAUGUUAAGCUCUUCGAUUAGGCGCCGUGUGGAGUGCGGCGGCGAUGCACAUGUUAGUUCGCGGACACGUGACAUGGCACCGGUACAGCUGAAGGAAGCAGAGGCGCAAAGUAGCGACGAGAUGUGCGAGCGACUCACGCAGACGGGGCUUGUGUGA